CCUCGACACGCCCCCAUCACAAGUUUUGAAUGAGUUACUAAACUCACACGUGGUGUAGACCGCUAAUAUAUAGGCUUUAAAUAUGAAAACUCAAGACAUUUCAAUAUAUAAUUGCAGAAGUUGAUGAAGACGAAUAUGGAUGUAACAUCUAGAGAUUACGUAUUGAGUAUGAUAUCAUAACAUAGGCGAACUAUAGUCUUUGUAAUGGACAUGGUAUUUUCAUAUUGUAAACAAUAUUGAAAUACCUUCUAUGGCAUUUUGGAAAACUAAAAACUAUUCUGAAGUGUUUUCAUUUAAAAGCAAAACAUAUUUUCACUAGGAUUUGUCUAGGAUUGUAUUUUACUAGAAGUUUGUGACAUCGGUGUAUUAAAACAAUGACAAUGGGAUAUUCACAUAGAAAACUACAAUUAGAUAUGGUCUUCUUACUACUACUGUGGAGUCCAGCUGUAUUUGGACUAGUGUUUAACAGACGGGCUGAGACGUGUGAACCAAUACAGAUUCCUAUGUGCCAAGGGAUGCCAUAUAAUAUGACCAGAAUGCCCAAUCUGCUUCAUCAUAGUUCUCAAGAAAAUGCAAAAUUAUCUAUUGAACAAUUUGAAAAAUUAAUAGAAAAAAAUUGUAGCGACGUUCUUUUAUUUUUUCUAUGUGGCAUGUACGCUCCUAUAUGUACUGUGAACUUCCAGCCGGAACCUAUCCCCCCAUGCUGGAGUGUGUGUGACCGCGCUCGUACGGGGUGUGAACGUAUAAUGAAUGAGUAUAAUGUAUCGUGGCCGGAUAAUCUUGACUGUGACAAUCUUCCUCGGUAUGACAGUGGAGUAUGUGUCUCACCUGAAGCCAUCGUCUCAUCUCUUCCAGACCGUGGACAGGCAACCCCCGAGCCGGUUAGAAAAACCAAUGGCAACAAGCCUGAUAGAGGUGCGACCAAUAAGACUCGAAAGAAAGGCGGCUGUCAUUGUACAAAGCGACCGAGGCUAAAGAAGAGACUCUUUAAAAAAGGAAAAUUUAAUUUUGCAAUACGAGCGAGAAUUCUCGGACACGACACUGCAAAUACGAUCAAUACGGUGACAAGAGUAAGCGUCAUCAAAGUCCUUAAGAGCACACGUGUACACAUUAUUGAAAACAAUGGGAUCGAGCUAUGGACCAAUUCUACUUGUGUAUGUCCGAAACUGCUUCGUCGGAAGGAAUACCUCAUUAUCGGUUACGACGACCCCGCCACCCAACGACUCCUCUUCUUUGAUAAUUGCUUUGCUACGAAGUGGCAGAAACGAUGGGAAAAAAGAAUAGCGAAAUGGACCAAAAAGAGAAGAACAUGUAGAAAGAAGAAACGCAAAAACUGCCGAAUGAACCGGAACAAAAAUAGAGUGAAUAACACAGGUAAUAACCAAAACAGCGGCAGGAAUCGAGGACGGGAGAACCGCCGGAACCGGAAAAAGAAUAGAAUAAAUUCUACGUCUACGACAUAAGUCAAUUUGCGACAAGCACGGAGUAAACACUGUAUAUGUGAGAUAAAAUGCUUCUGAUGGAACACUGACUAUACCUGUUCAAGGCUUCUUCUCACCGGUAUCAGUGUUGUCAUGAGUCAACAUCCGCUGAUCACCUCCGUUGAACUUCGACGAACUUUGGAGAUCUACGGCUAUCUUCGAUAAUGUUCGGCAACCUUGACCGCCCUAUUGGUUGCGGGAAGGUUAUGUUUAUAAAAAAAAAACUUUGUCCUUGGACAAAUAAAGACCCCAUACUGUGAUAUAGAAACAUUUAAGCCAUGUUUGUUUUGUUCGUAACUAUCUGUGGAUUUAUUGCUGAAUAGUUUGACCGGUACGUUUAUGAUGCAGACUCACAUCACCUUGGCGAUCAUACAACUCUACUUGUGUUAUGUAUCUAUCCGUAUGGCGGGUCUGACGCCACAUUGGACUCGUAUUUGGGCCUUACGACAUGCAUUGUGUUAAAUACCUCGUUAUCGCGAUCUUUGGUCUAAUGGACAGUUAUCGUUUAAGUAUCCUCACCUGAGUAUAUCAUGUUCCUCGUAUUUCUCGAAGUAUUUUAAGAUCCUACUGAUGCAUAUUUCACUCCAUUGUGAAUUUCUUUCUGGUACAGGAUUUUUUCGAGGGGAAAUUUAAGUAAUUUAUAGAAAUUAAACUUUCUUUUUGAAACUUGUAUCGGUUUAUGUUGAUAACAAGCUAUUUUUAGAAUGCUAAGGUUUCGAAAUUAAUUAUGUUGGAAUGUAUCAGGUAAAAAUUUACCUGGAAUCCAUAGUUUGAAUUUUACAUAUGUAUGAGUCCAGCUUUUGUAUGAUAUCAGUUUUCAACUAUGAUGACCGUUAUUGCUCGCUGUUUAGUAGUUUAGUGCCAUUGACGAUUACAUCUGAUGAUUUGAAAAUGUUUUAUUUUUGCAUGAUAUACAAUUACAUUUAAUUGCUUGCGCAUUGUUAUCCUUCUGUGCUGCGUGUUAAGUUUCUCAGACUUAGCUGGAACUGAAAAAAAGCAACAACAAAAAUUGUAAUGUAGAUAUCAAACCAACAACAAAAACUGUAAUGUAGAUAUCAAACCAGGAUUUUUCAAGCUGCUCCAGUCUCACGUGCUGUUCUUAGUACGUAUAUGUUUAAAAUAAACCACUUUUCAAUGCUUUAAUAUGAUUUGAAAUGAAUUGGCUCUUACAUUUUAAAAGUAGUUUUUUUCAUGCGGCUGAACAAUGAGAUCAUGAAUAUACGUUUUGUAUAAUGUAUGGAUUAUUAAGAAGGAUAAAUAUGUAUCAAUCGAUCGGAAUGUCAGAUAUGUAUGAUACUACGCUUUGCUUUAAUGUAGAAAAGUCCGUACUAUGAUCUAUAAAUAGAUUUUGACAGGACAAAUAUGAAUAAUAUAUAGAGCUAUCCACAUAUAUGCAUUUGUACAUGAAUUUGUCAUCAAUCGACAAUUCCUGGUGUUGUAUAAGGUUGAAGUUCAGAGCUACUGCAUUUACAUAUAUGUUUGUCGCUGAUUCUUGAAAGUGACAGUGCAUGCCAUUGGCAGUUGUUUGUUUGUUUCCAAAUGGAAAAAUAAAAUGUCACAUUCUACAUCAUCUUAAUAAAUGAAGGAUACUAAUUACUUAAACUUAUCUUUGACAGUAUUUUGAAAGCAAUCUGAAAACAUGAUACGUCGUAUUGUGCGAUAGCCUUAACCUUUAUGAAGAAGAUAUAGAUAAUGUGAUUUUAGAUUGAUAUAUAUAUAUUGAUUAUACAAUGAAAUUGAAAAUUAUUUAUUACUGAAUGGCUAAGCAUAUAGAAUGAAUUUCUAUAAGGCAUUAGAGUUGAUUCCAAGAUGUUGAUUCCUAUAAUAUAUCGUGUCUUUGGUGUUUCUACCAUGUUGGACUGAGAUAGUAGAAUGUGUUUUGUAUACUCUGUAAUGUAUAACGGUAUAAGUCGAUGUAAAUAUAAUGUGUAUAUAUUUAUUUGCUCACUGAUAGAAGAUGGCGUAUAACGUCUGUCGUUUGUUCAUUUCCUAUUUUUUUUUAAAUCUUCUUGUCAAGAACCGGACGGAUAUAACAAACCCCAAUCAAACUGUUGUCAGAGGGGGGCUUACCGAGGAAAGGUAGGCCGUGAAGAUUGGCGGAAUUCUAAGGUUUAAGUAGUACAGAGUUGUUCUUGAAGAAAAGUAACUGCCAUGUGGCCUUUUUAAUAGUGUUAUAUACAUACAUAUAUAUAUAUAUAUGAUGUAUUGUUGAUACUAGAUAUAACGGGAACUAGAAUGAGUUACUUUAUAGGAGCUAUAGCAUUCAUAUAUCCUUACAUGAUUUGAGGGGUCAUGGGAAAUAUGAAAUAGAUACUCAACGGUGUUGAAAGUGAUGUUGGCAAUACCAGCUUUGGCCGAAUAUAUAUAUAUAUUGUCAGGGGUAGUAAAUAAUCAAAAGAAAUGAAUGAAUAGUGUUUUUUUGGAAUACACCGAAUUAAACAAUUAAAUGUUUCAUCUCUUCUUCAGUAUGAUGUUACUGUAUAUUGAGGUAACAGCUUUGUUAAGUUAUAUGUUGGUACGUUGUAAGUAAGGUCUGUCCAGUUUGAUGUUAUCCAAUAUCAUUACCAGAGGAGCGAUGUCGGCGCAGAGAGCGUCUUGUUGCAAUAUACCAUUUGUUUCUGUUGUACAAAUCGAUGAAAUAAAUAUUAAUAAAAUAACA